CGACGCGUUUUGAAUAACAGACACGUGGCGCCGUCUCCUUGCUCGACUUUCCUAGCUGGAAUCUGAUGUGGAGGGCCUAGGAAGAAGGUAAACACUCCUUUAUAUAAUAAGAUAGGUACAUGUGUUUUUUAGAAUUUGUUUUGAUCCCGCAAACUUGAGCAAAACUUGUGAUCAUGUCAUCUCAUCCAUGUUUUCCUAUAACCUUAGAUUCAUUAGAUAUACUCAUUAGAUACCUCGUUAGAACCCUUUUCAUAUCCACAGAUGGCUUUGCCUAUUAAUUAUAUAAAAGAGAUCACAUUGGACUGAAAAUGGUGACUGAUAAACCAGACUACGGGUAUGUUUAUUUGUGCACGGACAAAUCUUACCUAAAAAGUAAAUUGUAUUGGUUGUACUUGUAUAUGUCUGUUGUACCGACAACAAUGUAACUUUGGAUUCAGUGUAUGUGAAAUUUAAAAUCGAAGAAAAAAAUCAUAGAAAUUUAAUUUCACUAAGAAAGAAACACAAAAGAUAUCUUCAAAUCGUAACAUAACUAUCUUUUCUAUUAAAAAUCAAAACAAAAGAAUAAUGCUUCAAUUCUUCAAUACACCCAACCUAAUUACAAUAUAUGAUUGAUGCCUUGAGCUAGACACAUACGAAGAAACACCAUGUCAUAAAUCUGCGUUGAAGCUUGGUUUGCUUUAAUGGGGAUUUGUCAGUGAACAUAAGUCCAAGUGUAAUUACUUGCUUACAAGUUCUCUCUUCAAUCUUCAUAUUCUCAUCAACCACUCUCUCUAAGUUAUCCGACCAUAAACUCUUAUUUACACAUACCUCCUUUCUGGAUCUUCUUGUUCCUCACCAGGUUUCAGAUUUGUAAUCCUUUUCAACACAAACAAUCCAAAGUUAAAUAUAUAUGUAGAUGAUAACACAAACGAAAACACAUUUAACUUUGAAUUUUUUGUAUUUUAUAUUUUCGAAGAAAGAGCCAUUACUUGAUGAGUUGGUUUCAUCUCCAAUCAUGAAUUGAGAAAUCUCCAAUCAUGAAUUGAGAAAUCAAUGGUUCUUGAUCAUCAUCAAUAACAAAACACUGCUUGUAUUCAGAUCAAAUGUAAUCCUAUGCCAUUGUUCCAAUAGAUAAAAUACCUUAUAUAACUCCCAUAACCACUCCUAAUCUUCUUAUCCAUGACGAAGUCAAUGAAGAAUUGAGCCUAAGUCUCUUAUAUUUUCUCAAUCGGUCGAUUCUGUAACCAAAGCGAUCAAGUUACUGUGGAUGAUGAUGAUUAAAGAAAUCGACUAUCACGUACUUGGUUCCGAUAAGGAUGCCUCUUUUGGAAUUAAUGGAAGUUUCCCAGAAAUUGAUUAGCCUAAACAUCAACUUGGAAUCUUCUGGUCGUGGUGAAACAAAAGUAGAGAAUGGCUUGCACGGUGGUGACUGCUGUUUGAUUUGCCUUAGUGCUGGGAUGCGUUUGCUGAGCAAGGGAUUGUUGGGUUGGGAUAUAUAUAUAUAUAGUCUCAAGACGGAAAGGAGAGAGCUGGGAUAUUUCAUUUGAGUGAUUAAUUAAGGGGUCUUCAAGAGGCAUCAAUAUCUUUGAGUAAGAGGAGGGAUGUGGAGAAUUACACACCGAUUUGUCUGGAGGAUAACUUUGAUUCCGUCGCAGGCGUUAUACGGAGGAAAUGGGAAGACAGUGAGUUUUGGAGGGUCUGUAGACGCCGUAAAGAAGAGGAAAUUAAUACAAACGGGUCAAUAAAAGAAAUUGGCAUAUUACGCAUCACAGAUUCGUGACCCAACAGCUUAACAACUUUGAUUACAUGAACAAAUGAUUGGUUAGGAAUAUUUUGUGCUAUGUGGCACCCCUAGAAUUACUUCAAUUUAGUUCAUUUUAUAUAGUGGAGAUAAAUUAAACAAAAAUUAAGAAUGAUGCAAAAAUUAUUAUCAAAUUCUAUUUAUUAUUCAUAGUCAUUAAUUUCCACAUAUAUGUAAUUCCGUAGAUUUUAUUUAAAAAAAUAAUACACGCUUCUUAUAUUUUAGAUUAAUAUAAUGUUUCCUAGUAAUUGGAUUUUGGACCAAUAAUUUUUUCAAUUGAUUUUUAAGCUCCCACGUAAGUUAAAUUGUCAUCUUAAUUAAGUGACACCUAAGCAGAGUUUUCUUUAAUUAGUACGAACUUAAAGUUAUAACUUUUUAAAUAAUUCUCAAUUAAUAUAUAAGGAAUGUUAAAAUUCAAGUUCCAAUAACAUUAGAUUUGGAUUGAAUUAAGAAUCCCUAAAACCCAAAUAUUUUGAAUACCAAUGGACAAUAUAUAUCAUUCAAGAAUCAUCAAAUCUAUAACACUCGAUUUUAUGAGCAUGUUAAAAUCUAUUAGCCAAUAACUAUAGAGUUUUAAAAUUCUAAUAAUCAUUAUAAACGAUUUUGUGAUUUAAUAAACUUAAAAAAAAUAUAUAAACUUCUUUUAUUGAUGAAAUUAUCCCUCAGGAUUAUAGCACCUUUCUCAGAUCACAUGCGAUCUGCUUAAAUUUGAUCCCAAAAAAUAACUACCAUACUAUUGGCUAUCAAAAAAAAAGAACAAGACUUAGGUUCACCCUAGUAUUGGCUAGGGGUGAACCUUUAAAUUCACCAAUCCUUUUAUUACCAAUCAAAAUAUCACCUAGAUAAACAAUAAAAUAGAUUAAUUUUAUUUAAAAAAAUCUGAAAUAAUUGAAACAAAAAAUAUAACGCCAAUUUUAAUGAUGCUAACACUACUAACUAAACCCUAAACUUUAAACGCAAAUCCUAAACCCUAAACCCAAGCCCUAUAUCCUAAACCCAAAUCCUAAACCCUGAAUCCAAAUCGUAAACCCUAAACCCAAACCUUAUAUCCUAAACCCAAAUCCUAGACUCUAAACUCAAACCAUAUACCCAAACCUAAUCCCUUGACCCUAAACUUAAAUCGUAAACUCUGAACCCAAAUCCUAUAUCUUAAAGGUUUGGAUUAAUGUUGAUGUUGUUUCUUUAGGGUUUAAGGUUUGGGUUUAGAGUCUAGGUUUGGAUUUAGGAUUUAGGGUUUGAGUUUAAGGUCUAGGGUUUGGGUUUAGAGUUUACGGUUUGGGUUUAGGAUUUGGGUUUAAGAUAUAGGGUUUGAGUAUAGGAUUUAUAUUUAAGGUUUAGGGUUUUGAAUUUAGGGUUUAGGGUUUAGAUUUAAGGUUUGAGAUUUAGGGUUUAGUUAGUGGCGUUAACGUCAUUAAAAUGAGCGUCAUUAUUUUUUUCAAUUAUUUUAGAUUUUAUUUUAAAAUAAUCUAUUUUAUUAAUAAUCUAUGUGGCAUUUUGAUUGGUAAUAAGAGGAAAGGUGAAUUUAAAGGUUCACCUUAGGGGUGAACCUAAGUUUUGUUCGAAAAAAAAGAGCCAAGACAGUUUAUUAAUCUUGAUAAUUAACAAUAAAGAUAUAGAAUUCAUUUAGUUAAAUAAUAUAUUGUAAUUAUGGAUCAUUGCGAAUGUAUAUUUUGGAUUGAAACCUUUGAAUAUUGGGAGAAUUUGGUGUAUAUUUAUAACAGGGGAAAAACUCACAAUAUACCCAUGCUGCAGUACAUGCCCGGAAAAGAGACAGGUUUGGGCCAAAAGGUGACGGAAAUAACCUUCGAAGCGCGUGUGCGUGUCGAGGCAGAGGAAAGGAAAAAGAGCAUGUGCGUAAAAGAGUUGUACCAAACCUAUAAUAGAAUAGUCUGCCACUUCUAUAUCAUAAGCACACACUUAAUUACUCAAAACAUCGCAAAUUCUCGUCCAUUAGGAACGUGUGGCUACUAAUAAAUCUCUGUAUCUCCUCUUCCAUACUGCUUUUCGGUAAAAAUAGGAAACAUAAAGUUUAAAAAUGUCCGAAGAAGAAGACAGCAGAGGAGUUAAAACAAAAGGAGACAGCGAAGAGGUAUGUAGUUUCGACAUUAAAGUUCUGAAGGAUAGCAGAUUUUGGUAGGUGGGAUGGUGAAUAUGAUAUGUAGGGUACGUUAUAUAAGGAGUUAAUUUUAAAAGGCUCAUAUGAGAUGAAGCGAUGUUCUCUUGUUUUAUAUAAUAAAGGUUCAACCCAAAGAUUAAAUAUGUAACGAUAAACGUUAAAUAUCAGAUAAAGCAGCAAGGUUUCUAUGCUACAAAGGAUAAUGGAAAGAACCGAUCUAAGAAUAUUUUUUUGGCUUUUACGUGCGUAUGCAGAUGACGGUGCAGGACAACAUAAUGAUAGUAACUGGGCCUUGGGUCCGCGAGGAUGACGGGAAAUGGAUCUUCGAUGCCCUAACAGAAGAAGGCACAAAAAGCAUUACCCUGAAGUCGGGUUUGGAAUAAGAAGAAUUAGUGAACUUGGUGAAGGAAGCUCUCAGCCUCGGGGUACGAAACUUGCAUACCAAUAUCCGACGUGGAUGCAAAUCGACGAUGGUGAUGGGUCAACACUGCAGUUCAUAUCAGACGAUCAUGAGGAGGAGGUAUUUGUCCAAAUGAGGCGCAAAAUCAAAGAAGUAAACCUCUUUGUUACCGUCUCGGAGCCGAGAGUCCCAUAUGCGAAUGUUACAGAUCAAAACCUUGCCAGGAAUGAAAACGAUGACGACUCAGAUGAGGGAGAAGGGUUUGAGGACGAUUGGGUGGAUUUUGCGAUGUCGGACACACCUUUGACACGUCCACACAAAAAAAAAAUGACGUUAGUGGGAGUUUCGGUGGACCGCCGGUGUGUCCUAUUCCACAUAAACAAAAUGGAAUAGUCAUUUGCGAGCCAAUCAUUCGCCUAGCAAGUCCCACAGAGCGCGAGAGUUAUCGAGAGAAAGGGAAAGCCAUCGACAUAGGAGGGGACAUCGUUGGUUGGCGUGCGGAUGUCAUUCAUCCACUCAUGUCAACUACCAAAUCUGGAUAUGGGGGAAAUGGAGAAAGUAGUCGUGCUGUGCGGCGUCGAUUGUUCGAGGAACCUAUGCAUCGAGGGGUUGAAGAUGUUGAAAUGGAGGAAUCUGGCAGAGCAGACUGGAGCCAAUAGAAGGAGGUACACUUAUUGCGCCCACCCCUAGCGCACAACCAAGUAGCCUAUACACAUGGACGCGAUUCCAAGACUCUCUGCAUGACCUGCUUAACGACCAAAGCACAAAACCUGUACUCUUUGCACUCGAUGCGCCACCUGUUAUUGACAGCGCCGAGGAGAAUGGUAAGUAUAUAGGAAUACUAUACGUUAUAUAAAUAUAGUAUAGAAUAUAUUCGAGUAUUAACAAAGACGCUAUUUAUACUGCAUGCCUAAAUGCAGCUUUAGAAGCUGUCCCAUAUGAAGGGGACAAUCUGUUUGUGGGGCAGGUUUUCAAGUCAAAGACCGACUGCAAAAUCAAAAUUGCAAUUCAUACCAUAAAUAAGAAGUUCCACUUUAAGACAAGGCACUCCACACUCUCAUUUAUGGUUCUUAUUUGUGUUGCUAUUGACUGUCCUUGGAGAGUGUACGCGGCAAAGGUUGAUGGAACUAGGAAUUUUUAGAUAAGACAAGCAACCCUGAGGCAUUGUUACUCGGUUGAUGCUAGGAGGAACUACCAUAAGCAGGCGACGACACAAGUCAUUGGAGAGCUCAUACAAUCACGUUUCGUUGGAAUAAAGAUUGGCCCGACCAUCGCAACAGUAAGGAAAAUGAUGUUAGACGACAACCACGUCAACGUCUCGUAUUGAAAAUCAUGGAGGGGACUUGAAAUUGCAAUGGAGAGUGUAUUAGGAUAGAUGGCAGGAAGUUAUGCACUAAUGCCUGCGUAUAUGGGCCUGCUAGAAACCACAAACCCCUGUUCCAUUUGUGUUCUCGAGAGAUAAACGCAGUCUUGUGUCCUCGUCUUUGUAUUUGUCUUUUCGGCCUAAUCUGCAUAUGAUCCAAUCUGGAGUUAUCGUCUUUUCGCUACCAAACAAAUAUUCCCAAACAGGGCCAUCUCCACCGCAUUGCUUCGCCUUGGAUUUCUCUUUUUUUUUUUGCCUUUUGCUACACGCUGUUCGGCCACCGACGCAGUUGGAGGUGUCCCACAAUUGAGUCCAAUUACUAAAGCAAAGUCCUCAAUGCCAUAUCGGAUUGGCUUCCCUGCGAACACCCACCACAACUCAUACAGCUUCUGUGUAACCAACUGGCGGGACAACAGCUGGUGAACAAACCUAACUGAAAAUGUAUGUGAUCCCAUUAGCAUGAGUUGUCGAAAUUGAGAUUCCACCAACAUCUCAUGUUGAGCAUCUGAAAGUGCUGCUUUUACGAUCUCAAUCCACCGCAGAUUGAAAUAGUUGUUAAUUCUUUUUCGGCCCGUCGGUUCAUAUCCGGUCUCGAACAAGCUCUAUGGCAAACCUAGCUCUUCCAUUAUUUCCCUGCAAAGACACAACAUGAGGCCUACUAUACGAACAGACCCAUCCAAAUAGACAUAUAUUCAAGUCAAUAGCACAGGACUGUGUAACCCUCCGUUCAUGUAACCAUACGACAUCAUACUAUUAUUUAUCUAGCAUAGUAUAGUGAAAGGUGAAACGAGACUGCAUACUAUUCUUUAUCUAACAUAGUAUAGUUAUUGUAAUUCGCUUUCAACACUCUGAACAAGCGCAGAAACGAUUUGCAGACACAAGACGACACAAACGAACACGCGAAACGUGACAUAUUACAGACUGUGUUUAAAAACAAAAGCGCAUGCAAAAGAUUCGCUUAAUUAAAUCGCAUGCAACGGAAACGAAUAACCACACAUACACGGAGUCGCGCCAAACAUACUAUUCUUUAUCUAACAUAGUAUAGUUAUUCUGCUUGUCUUUCAACACCCCAACCAAACACAGAAACGAUUUGCAGACACCAAACACAUAAACAAACAUGCGUAACUGGAUAUUAAUCUCUCGUUUAAAAACUUAAAUCGCAUGCAAAAGUUAUGUAAAUUUACCUCUCUACUCAGCCAACGGUCACAACUUCUUCACAGAUCUGCAAAUUGAAGUGGAAUGGGUCGAUCUAAGUUCCGUAAACAGAAUUGGUUUGGGGGAAAAAGGAUAUGCUAAAUUAAUGAUUCCGAUACACUGGACAGCUACGAUUUAAGUUUGUACCUCGAUUAUUUUCGUUAACCCUCUUCAAUCGCGAGUCCCACCGUCGAUUACAACCGCCUCGUAAACCCUAGCUUCUGAUAUCCAUUUACUCGCUCUAUACCACACAGACUUACAAUAGAGAACCCCUUAUCCUCCAAAGCGACACAAACUUGCGACUCACAAUAGAGAACCCUUUUUCCUCCAAAAGCAACACAAACUUGCUUCGUCUUUGUCGGGUUGUUAUUUUUAUAAAACUUUGAAAUGUUUCAGUUUCCAGGGGUUAGGGAAACGAAAUAGCCGGUGGGGCCUACAGUUUUCCACGCACAUGAUGGGGUAUUUUGGCCAGUAUACACAAAUAUAUAAAUUGUAUCCUAGCCAAAGAAAUGCUAUGGAUAGAAGCUUAAUUUCAUGGACCGUUAUAGUUAUGAGUCCAAAUUUCCCUUGAAUAUUUUAGGUAAUCAACUAUUAGGCCAUAUGGAAAAAGAAGAAUAUGGAAAAAAAAAACAAACAGUUUCUCUCUCCUCUAUCCUCCCUCUCCGCUCUCUCUUGGGCUCUAAUUAAAAGUGAAUAAAGUCUCUGGCGUCCGGCGGCGCGUGAGUGCAUGUGCCGGCGCCGGAGGGCCCCUCCCUCCCCCUUCCUCUUUGAUGUUUGAUGUUCGUUGUCUCUAUGCGUUCCGUGUCGAUAUGCUUGUGGAUUUGCAGUAGGGUUACGACCAGGUUUGAAGCUUUGCGCGCAGCCUCUCAGAUCUGGUGUCGUCUCUGCUACUGGUGACUUCACAGUGAGGCUCUGAAGCAGCUUGUGCGGCGGAUGGUCGGAUUUUAGGGCUUUGUGGGUAGAUCAGUUUUAAGUUCAUUUCCCCCGGAAGUCUUGUCGUUGAAGAUUGGUCAUGGUUAGGUCUUGAUUUUGAGUCUUUGGUUCUACCAGAGUUCAAGUUGGGUUCUUUCGGCGAAGGGGGUUAGUCUUCAGGGUCUCUCUGGCGUCGGAGUGGCUCGGAGCUAUCGUCCCUUAACCAAGUGAAUUUCGUUGCUUCCUUAGAACGGAAGCGGGUCUCAGACAAGUGCACGCAGAGGAGAUGGUGUUUUGUUCUGGUUCAGACUCGUGUGAAGAUUUGGGUUGUUAGUAGCCUGGUGUCGUCUAUGGCUUCGGGUGGACAGCUCGUAUGGACACUUCUCUUCAGUUAUCAUCUUCACGGCUCCAUUUCUAGCUAUUUCCGGGCUUUGGUCAUGCUUACGUUCAGUUUUGUCUCAAGGCUUCAUUGGUUCAGCCUCUCUUCAUUGACACCGGAGGAGGUUUCUCACAUAUAGGUUAUGGUCUUUGGUUCUCAUGGGCUUCAAAUGGCGAGGCUGUGCUCGGGAGUCAUUCACACCUUGGUGUCUUCGUUUGAUCUAGGCCGCUUCCGAGGACCACUUUAGAUCUUCAUGCUCUCGUGGUGGUGUGCCUGAUAUUCCUUAUAGGUAGUGAGACUACUAGCUAGAUUGGGAGUGACGAUGCUUCCAGCCCGCUUUUUCUGCAGGUUUCCUAGGCGGCAGUAGCGAGCACUUGUUCGGUUUGGGAUGCGGUUCUAAGCGUCGUGUGGCGUUACAUACAAACCGGCUUUGGUGGCAUUGCAAGGCUAUUGGCAGGUAUAUGAAUCCUCCCCUAUGGUCGUCUUGUGCUUCAUCGACACAGAAGGUUACUAGCUUCGUGGAGAUCAUCGGGAACUAGCUACUCCGGAGACGUCAAGGGAAUUCCCGACAUCCGAGGCAACGAAGACAACCUCACUUUUUCGAGAAUCAACGUCAAUGGUUGAGAACGGCUACCGAUAUCGAAGAAUUUCGAAAAACAAACUAGUGGAACGUGUCGGGUUUAGUGGAUGGACGAAACUAGGCAUGUAAUAGAUUGACUUUGAUACUUUUGUUCAAAAUAAGCUUGUAACCGUAUCUGAUUACCGAUAUAUUAGGCAUAUUUUAUUUCUAUAAAUAUAUACAUAUAUAUAUAUAGAUAUAUAUAUAUAUAUAUAUAUAUUAAAAAAAAUGGAAAAAAAAAAGAAUAUGAGAGCAAAUACCGGGGUUUGGGAUAGGACAUUUGAGUGUGAUUCGGUGGAUAUUUCUUUUCGGGGUCAAAUAUUGAUCUUUGAGAAUAUCCUUUCUGCUGGGGCCUACACAUACAUAAGAAAACUUGUUCGUUACGACGAAUUAAAGUUUACCGUCCUUGUUGCCCCAAAGGACAUUUUGGUAGUAACGUUUGGUACUUUUACUGUAAAAAUCCUUGUAAAUAAUUUUAACAGUACACUUACAGCUAUUUGCAGUUAAUCUUUUAAAAUUUAUACAAGUAAUUUAACUUUAUUGAGAAGUCUAUAAUGAAUAUUACUAUUACAGACUGUCGUAACCUUGUUCCUUAGUUUUCUUAUUUGGAUAUUUAAUUAUAGUUUUUAUUUAUUUUAACGUUAUUUUUAUAAAGAUUAGUAAUCUUAUAUUGUUCCCAAGCAACUAUUUUAGUUUAUUUACAAGGAUUUAAAUGUUAUUUUAGUUAAAUAAUAAUUUAAAUGUUCUUUUGACAAACAAAAAAGGUUAGUUUGUUGUUAUACCAGUGGUGAUUUUGAUGUUUCUUGUACCAAAUUAGUUUAAAAUCACAAUUUUUGCGUUUCAACUUACUCGGUUAUCUUUAUUAAAACCCACACCAAGGCCCAUAUUAUGAUCCAAUAUGAAGUGUUUGUUAACCAUGUAACUAGGAUUCCUUAGGACUAUAUAUAUGUUGUUAGAUGGUUAGUGUCGGUAACUUUGGCUGCGUUGAAUGCAGCCUCUCCUUUCAUAUUUAUGAAUCAUUUACAAUCUUACUUAUUUUGGUGACAAGCCUAAAGAUUCUUCCUUUCUUUAGUUUCAUUGCACAAUAAAGCUUCUUAAAGCUAUUUCAUUUUCUGUCUCAAUAAACUCUUAUGAGCAGAAUCUAUCUUGUUUUCAGUUUAUUCACAUGGUAGCAGAGCUUCAGUCGAUUUAUUGGGAGUAUCUCUUUUCCUCUUCUAGCUUCCGCUUACUCUAUCCCCACUAAAGCAUUCAGAUUUUUGAAGUCGUCACUUCACUGCCGUUUCUGAGAACCCGUUGAAGCCAAAUCGUAGUCAAGCUCCAUCCUUUGUGUUUAAAACAGUGAAGUUAUUUUCGGCUUCUAUCUAAAUCAGACAUCUCAUGAUCUGGAAAUUAUGUUCAAGCUCGCUCAGAGAUUAUCAACUCGUCUCCGUCUCUAAAACAUGUCGUCCUCUUCCUGGAGCUUCAAGCAAAGUGGGUCUAAAGAAACAUCACACAAAAGCUUCACGUCAGCAGGGUUGUGGUAACGCGUCGGAGACUAUGGUCAUCUUACUCAGAGCUUGCUUGUAUCAAUGCCAGAUACAACAAAGAAAAGAGAUGGGUUUUGAAAAUUUGGUGAAGCAUUGAGCGAAGCCGUGACAUCACAUCAAAAAAAAAAAAAAAAAAAAAAUCAGAGAUCAUGGGCAGAAAAUCCAGCGUGUACUCGAUCCAAGGUAAUUUCUUUGUUCUAAGACAGAACAGAACAUAGAGUAUUGCCUUGUAGUAAUAGUUUGAUAGGACAUUGCUGGUUCGGUGCUUUGUUGGCUGGUUCAGAUGAUGACUAGCAUAGACUAAGUCUGGAAUUAAGAGGUUAGUUGGAAUGGUGCUUGAAUAGGCUUGUUUUGGGUUCGAUAAAGAUGGGAUUUAUGGUUGAAAGUUCCUGGUUUGACGGAUGCACACCAGAUGCUUGAUGAAAUGCUAAAGAGAAGUUAUUUUGCUGAAGAUUCAUUGAGAUUGUGGUUUAAUGAAAAACAGUAGUUGGGUUAAGAAGAAGACAUUAAGAGCAAGAUGUGGCUGCAAACGGAUAGAAGAGUGCUUAUGUUGAAGGCUAGCUUGUAGUAAGCAAAAGAAGGAGCAUGGUGUUUGACUCAAAGCUGAGACAUAGUUACAUUAUUGUCACCUGAAGCAUGAAGACAGUGGGUGAUUUUCCUUUAGUAAAAUAGAAAGGGAGUACCUCUGAGAGAGUUUGGAAGCUCUACAAGUAUCUACCCUAAGGAAUGGUAAGAAGCACCUCUGAGAAAGUUUAUGAUAAUUCUACAAGUGCAAAAGACACCUCUGAGAGAGUUACGUUAGCUUUACAAGUGCAUACCAAGUUAUGGCCACACAUACCUCUGAGAGAGUUUAUAAAGCUCUACAAGUAUAGGCCAAUAUGAAGUUGUAUAUGGCUUUGAAGAAGAAAAUAUGCUCUGCUCUUAUCAGCUACAUUCUACCUUCAGUCCACAUGUCCAAGACUUGCUACAGACCUCAUCACCAACUAGUCUUCUACAAGUACACCCAAGUAAUCAGGUUGUGGUUUCAAACUCAGCAGCUUCGUGUUCACCCGCAGCUAAGUUUGCGGGAGAGUAUUAAAGCCCACACCAAGGCCCAUAUUAUGAUCCAAUAUGAAGUGUUUGUUAACCAUGUAACUAGGGUUCCUUAGGACUAUAUAUAUGUUGUUAGAUGGUUAGUGUCGGUAACUUUGGCUGCGUUGAAUGCAGCCUCUCCUUUCAUAUUUAUGAAUCAUUUACAAUCUUACUUAUCUUGGUGACAAGCCUAAAGAUUCUUCCUUUCUUUAGUUUCAUUGCACAAUAAAGCUUCUUAAAGCUAUUUCAUUUUCUGUCUCAAUAAGCUCUUUCUAGCAGAAUCUAUCUUGUUUUCAGUUUAUUCACAUGGUAGCAGAGCUUCAGUCGAUUUAUUGGGAGUAUCUCUUUUCCUCUUCUAGCUUCCGCUUACUCUAUCCCCACUAAAGCAUUCAGAUUUUUGAAGUCGUCACUUCACUGCCGUUUCUGAGAACCCGUUGAAGCCAAAUCGUAGUCAAGCUCCAUCCUUUGUGUUUAAAACAGUGAAGUUAUUUUCGGCUUCUAUCUAAAUCAGACAUCUCAUGAUCUGGAAAUUAUGUUCAAGCUCGCUCAGAGAUUAUCAACUCGUCUCCGUCUCUAAAACAUGUCGUCCUCUUCCUGGAGCUUCAAGCAAAGUGGGUCUAAAGAAACAUCACACAAAAGCUUCACGUCAGCAGGGUUGUGGUAACGCGUCGGAGACUAUGGUCAUCUUACUCAGAGCUUGCUUGUAUCAAUGCCAGAUACAACAAAGAAAAGAGAUGGGUUUUGAAAAUUUGGUGAAGCAUUGAGCGAAGCCGUGACAUCACAUCAAAAAAAAAAAAAAAAAAAAAAAUCAGAGAUCAUGGGCAGAAAAUCCAGCGUGUACUCGAUCCAAGGUAAUUUCUUUGUUCUAAGACAGAACAGAACAUAGAGUAUUGCCUUGUAGUAAUAGUUUGAUAGGACAUUGCUGGUUCGGUGCUUUGUUGGCUGGUUCAGAUGAUGACUAGCAUAGACUAAGUCUGGAAUUAAGAGGUUAGUUGGAAUGGUGCUUGAAUAGGCUUGUUUUGGGUUCGAUAAAGAUGGGAUUUAUGGUUGAAAGUUCCUGGUUUGACGGAUGCACACCAGAUGCUUGAUGAAAUGCUAAAGAGAAGUUAUUUUGCUGAAGAUUCAUUGAGAUUGUGGUUUAAUGAAAAACAGUAGUUGGGUUAAGAAGAAGACAUUAAGAGCAAGAUGUGGCUGCAAACGGAUAGAAGAGUGCUUAUGUUGAAGGCUAGCUUGUAGUAAGCAAAAGAAGGAGCAUGGUGUUUGACUCAAAGCUGAGACAUAGUUACAUUAUUGUCACCUGAAGCAUGAAGACAGUGGGUGAUUUUCCUUUAGUAAAAUAGAAAGGGAGUACCUCUGAGAGAGUUUGGAAGCUCUACAAGUAUCUACCCUAAGGAAUGGUAAGAAGCACCUCUGAGAAAGUUUAUGAUAAUUCUACAAGUGCAAAAGACACCUCUGAGAGAGUUACGUUAGCUUUACAAGUGCAUACCAAGUUAUGGCCACACAUACCUCUGAGAGAGUUUAUAAAGCUCUACAAGUAUAGGCCAAUAUGAAGUUGUAUAUGGCUUUGAAGAAGAAAAUAUGCUCUGCUCUUAUCAGCUACAUUCUACCUUCAGUCCACAUGUCCAAGACUUGCUACAGACCUCAUCACCAACUAGUCUUCUACAAGUACACCCAAGUAAUCAGGUUGUGGUUUCAAACUCAGCAGCUUCGUGUUCACCCGCAGCUAAGUUUGCGGGAGAGUAUUAAAGCCCACACCAAGGCCCAUAUUAUGAUCCAAUAUGAAGUGUUUGUUAACCAUGUAACUAGGGUUCCUUAGGACUAUAUAUAUGUUGUUAGAUGGUUAGUGUCGGUAACUUUGGCUGCGUUGAAUGCAGCCUCUCCUUUCAUAUUUAUGAAUCAUUUACAAUCUUACUUAUCUUGGUGACAAGCCUAAAGAUUCUUCCUUUCUUUAGUUUCAUUGCACAAUAAAGCUUCUUAAAGCUAUUUCAUUUUCUGUCUCAAUAAGCUCUUGUGAGCAGAAUCUAUCUUGUUUUCAGUUUAUUCACAAUCUUAACCCUUGAUUAUUAGACAAAAGAAAAAUAACCAAGUAACAUUGUUGGACAUGAAUGAUGAAUCCAAAUAUACAUCAGAUUCUAUAUCAGGCGGCUUGACUAUUAAAUUAAUUAGUGUACUAACUAUAUAUAGAAGUCUUAGGUUACUUUUUCUUAUUUAACCUCAGACUAAUUUUUUAAAACCUUAGACUAAUUUACUAGUCAAGAAGAAAAAGUAACCACAUUGGCAUUAAUCAAAUACAUACAUGUCAGCUUCUAACAUUAACAUCAAGGGUAAUAAGACACGAUUAUCUUUCAUUGAUCAGGAAGAUAUAUAGUUCAAGGCGAGUGAGAUUUUAUAUCUAUCUGUUUUCAAACAAGGCUUGCAUAUAACGGUUGUUAAUUAAUAAAAAGAAAAGAAAAAGUUUAAGGUGGGCUCCAAUAAAGUAGUAGUGUCAGUCUAGGGUUUAAGGGUGUCGUUUUCUAUGAAAAAAAAACAAACAAUUCAUGGUUGCCAAUUUGUGAUAGGGAAACCCUUUGAAAUCGAAAUGAUUAACAAAGAGAUAAAUACAAAAGUUAACCUAAAAGACACAUAUUUGUUAAUCCGGGGCGAAUCCAAAAGUGACUAUGACUGGGUACAAUUUUUGGUGGACACAUAAACAUUAGCGAGAAAAUACAGUAGCUUUCAAAAAAUAUUAUGAGUGGAUGUGCACCCUCAUUUUUCUUACUGGCUUCGCCCCUUAUCCUUCACCAAAAUGACCUUUUCGUAAUUACUUAUAAGUUUCUCUCUGUGAAGACUUUCUAAAUACGGAGUAUUUUUUUUGUCAACAGUAGCCUUUCUAAAUAAUAAGCGAAUACACAUUCAAAUAUUUUUGAUAAUAUCCGUGUAUGUUGUAGCACGUCCCGAUUUCAAAAAUGUGAUUUGAGUAUAAUAAUCUUGUGGGGUUCAAUUUGAUGCCAAACAUUCUUUGUGUAAAUCCAGAUUUUUGGAAGUCUUUUGCCAAUUUGUUUCUAAGUUGCAGUUUUCCUUUUCUGAAGAAUCCAAAAAGCUAAUAAGUAUUAUAAUGGUUUGAUUAUGUGUAACAUAGAUAUAUAUAUAUAUAUAUAUUAUUGGUUCAAAGUUAUUAUAAUCAUCAUACGUGUAGUAAUAUUGAUUUAAUAAUAGGAGCCAUAAUUUGUUCUUUAACAAACAAAUAGUAAGCAAAAUAAAAGUUUCCAAUACAGAUUUUAACUAUCUUUCCUCAUUUUACUUAUUAUCAAACAUGUAAUUAACAGUUUAACACAUAACGAACUGACUACUACCAACAACAAAUUGUCCCAUAAACUCAAAUGAAAACCACCUUUUGUGAUCUCUUAGAAAAAAUAAAUAUCUACAUUGCGACACAUGCAAAACUUCAAUUUUUUAUGAUUGGUUUGUUUUGAGUUUGUGUUAGCGGAGACCGCGUUAUCUACUAUAAUUAUCUGUAAGCUUUAUUGACCUUUGUAAACGUUUUUUUUUUAACUAACUUUUUUUUUUUUUUUGAUUAACCUGGAGGUAUUCCAGGCCCAUGGAGAGGCCCAGACUAAUCCCCAAGGGGAGGUGCAGCCCACGGAUAGACCCUCUCUCCGGGUAUUCAAAUAGGCCCUAAAGCAUGGGCCCAUAUCCGUGUUGGGUGACCAGGAUAAUUGUGACUUAGUUUCGCGCAGCAGGCGGAUCGAACCUGAAACAUGUUGGUGUCUCAGCCCCGUCUCCUUACCACUCGACCACAAUCACCCGGUCAUCAAUGACAACAAUAUCAGAAUUCGUUAAACGGGAGAAUUGAGGAUAGGGGGUAUAACUAAUAGUAUUAAAUAUUUUGCAGGACCUGAUCAAAUAUAAAGCAAUAGUAGUUUUUGUUUAGUUAAAACAAAUCUAAACUUUUUUGAGAAAGAAAACAAAUCUAAACUUAAGGGACUAAAACUUGAAAAAAAAAAAGAGUACACGAAUAAACAGUGCUGAUAAAUAGUACAACAGUCGCUCACAGUUCAUAUCUCCUUUCCUUGUUGUCCAUUUUUGGUGACGUUCAUUGUUCAUAUCUCUUCUCUUUUUUCUUUCUCCGUUUGAGGUGACGUUACGAAGAUGGAAGAAAUGGAAGAAGAAGAAGAUGAUGAUGAUGAAGUCUAUUCUUAUGGAGGAGGAAAAGGCUAUAAAGCCAACAAACAAAAAACGAAAAAGAAAAAGGAAAAGCCCACCCAACCUCAGAAAUUGGUCCCAUCCGAUGACAAUUUUCCAACAGAUCUUGAAGAAGGCACUACACAAACUGAGUUGGAUUGGUUAACCAAAAGGAACGGUGCUCUAAGAAACGUGACCGAUCAAGGAAAUAGACGUACUUGCUGGACGAUUGCUUCAACGAGAGGCUUGUCUGCAAGUCUUGUAAUUGCAGACAGAUUUGAUCCUCCUGAUGCCAACUUAUCAGCUCUCCAUAUGCUAGUAGGUUUGAUUGACAAAGUAGAUACCACCGGUGGACUACAAAACCUUGAGCAUCUAAGGAGUUUUAUGAUCAAUUGGGGUGCUGUUUUAGAGGAAGACUGUGACUGUCCUCAGUUAGCCCUAGAAUCGAAAAAGGAUUCAUCUAAACCCAAACCGGUUCUAUGUACCAACAAAAAAAAAGCCAAGCAAACUCGCACGUUUAAGGUUAAAGAUCUCAUCAUUCUAAAGGAGGUCGAUGAAAAAGAACUCAUGCGCUUGGUCAAUUUGGGACCUGUGGCAGUUACUAUAGAUGUGCACACAGCCUUUAGUACCUUCAAAGGGGAUGGUAUCUACACGGGACCUACAAAUAAGUGUCGCAAACUGGACAGGCACAUGUUAUUAGUGUACGGAUAUGGAACUGACAAGUUGACAGGAAUCCAUUAUUGGAGAGUUCAGAAUUCAGCAGGACUUACUUGGGGGAUGAAUGGAUAUGGAAAAAUAGUUAGACAAAUCAGCCGUGGUACAGAAGCAAAUAAGUCUUUGUUUACUAGCGUUAUUUAUCCUCAGCUUCUUGAUCACUAUGAAGGGCAAAAGUAAAAUGUCUGGAAAGAUGAGGAAGACUCGCCUUGUCUAAUACUAAGAAGAGCUUCUGAUGAAAGGACAAAAGGGAAAACGUCUCCAGAGAAUAGUUUUUUUUCUUCUCAAAAACAACUCUUUUACUUGCUUCCACUCUCUCCAGAGAAUAGUUUCUGGUUUAGACAUUCUCGACUGCUUUUCUUCUUCUUUUAUUUACUUACUCGCUCGCGUCUAUUUGUGUGCGUUUUAUUUCUGUUUCUUUCUUUUAUUUGCUAAAACAUUUCUCAGUUCUGUUUUAGACCUUGAUGAGGAGUGUAUAUACAUUACCAAGUGGUUCA